AAGCGAGUGGUGGGUGUCGAGCAAUGCGCUCUACCGGAGAAAGAGGAAACUUUUAAUUGACCCAUCUCUGUAUUUUCUCCUCUGACGUCCACUGAAAAUCGCCCAAAGGAAGACGUUUCUAGUUGUCCAAUUACCGUGGUGUUUGUAAACAUUUGCUGGCGGUGUCCGUGUGCAGUGCUGAGUGUAAAGUGCAGGAAGAUGCGGGGGGCUGCGUGCUGGCUGUAGUGGAGUGCGAGUGCUAGCGCCUAGGCCGUCUGCUGGGCUGGGCUGGGGCAGGCCUGCAGGCUAGGGCCAGGGCUAGGGCCACCUCCAUUCCUCCACAACAGAACCUCCUGAGCGCUUGAGCUGCGCCAGCUGCUGCAGCUGCAGCUGCGGAGCCCUGGAAGGAGCCAAGGGCAAGACCAUGGGCAAUGCGGCCACCGCCAACAAGAAGGGCGACUCCGCGGAGAGCGUCAAGGAGUUCCUGGACCAGGCCAAGGAGGAGUUCGAGGACAAGUGGAAGAAGAACCCGACCAACACGGCCAGCUUGGAUGACUUCGAGCGCAUUAAAACUCUGGGGACGGGGUCCUUCGGCCGAGUCAUGAUUGUGCAGCACAAGCCAACCAAAGAGUAUUAUGCAAUGAAGAUCCUAGAUAAGCAAAAAGUAGUGAAACUGAAGCAGGUGGAGCAUACCCUUAAUGAGAAGCGCAUUCUCCAAGCUAUAAGCUUCCCUUUCCUUGUUAGCUUAAAGUUCCACUUCAAGGACAACACCAACCUGUACAUGGUCCUGGAAUAUGUUCCAGGUGGAGAAAUGUUUUCCCAUCUUCGGAAGGUUGGGCGCUUUAGUGAGCCGCACUCACGUUUCUAUGCUGCACAGAUUGUUCUCGCCUUCGAAUACUUGCACUAUUUAGACCUCAUAUACCGAGAUCUUAAGCCCGAAAACUUGCUCAUUGACAGCCAGGGAUACCUUAAGGUUACCGACUUUGGAUUUGCCAAGAGAGUCAAGGGCAGGACCUGGACGCUUUGCGGUACACCUGAAUAUCUUGCACCUGAAAUUAUUCUCAGCAAAGGAUACAACAAAGCUGUUGACUGGUGGGCUCUUGGAGUGUUGGUCUAUGAAAUGGCUGCAGGAUACCCGCCUUUCUUUGCCGAUCAACCUAUUCAAAUUUAUGAGAAGAUUGUGUCUGGCAAGGUGCGCUUCCCAUCUCAUUUUGGGUCCGACUUGAAGGAUCUUCUCCGCAAUCUCUUGCAGGUGGAUCUGACUAAACGCUACGGAAAUCUGAAAAAUGGAGUAAAUGACAUCAAAGGUCACAAAUGGUUUGCAUCAACUGAUUGGAUCGCGGUAUUCCAAAAGAAAAUUGAGGCCCCCUUCAUCCCACGCUGCAAGGGGCCAGGUGACACCAGCAACUUCGAUGAUUAUGAAGAAGAGCAAUUGCGCAUCUCAUCUACAGAGAAAUGUGCUAAGGAGUUUGCGGAAUUUUGAGUGUUCCCCCUCACCUUAGUGAGCAGACAUUUUAUUGUAGGUUUCUCUUAAUUUAGUUAAGAAAAGUGUGACUAAUUACAAUAUUGAACAAUCUGAUGCUCCCUCCCCUUUGAAGAAAAACUGGAAAAGAUAAAAAAAUUAGUCUAAUUGACCUCCUGGUUUUGACCAUGGCACGGAGUGAGUUUGCUGCGCUGCUGCGCUGCUGCCGUGUCGCUCUGCGGAGGUUUGUAAAUUGUCCCUUCGCUGUCCCUGUUCCCUUACAGUCCCUGUCCCCUCGACGUGUGAUUCUUUUUAGCUGUCAAGUGAUCAGCCCCAUGGUGAGCCUCUACCCACCCCUCCCCCUUUUUACCCUAAGUGCUUUGCUUCCAAAAGUAAGAAACCAAGAUGUUGUUUAAGUAGUUUAUUUUCCUAUGUGCUAAGUAUGCUAUCACUAGCUGCAUUCUCAUGUCAUAUCAGGAAGUAAGGCGAGCCUCUUAAACAGGGUUUAUAUCGAAUACUGUAUAUCUGUUCCUAUGGCUCCUAUGUGUAAAGAAAGAAAUCAAGUAUACACCAUUUGUACCCUUUGGCAGGCUGCGUAGUAUAAUUUGAAGAUUUGUGUUCGUUGUGCAAGGAAUUUGGCAUUUAUAGAAUUAAUUGAACGGAGUGUGGUGGUUUUUUAGUGUGGCCCUAGCCUUCCUAUCGUUUUGACUGCCUUCCCAACAUCACCUGUGUCACCCGAGCGCUCAUAUAUUCAAAUAUCCUUUAUUAUAUAUGGUGAAUUAUAUUAUUUUUGUUUGUGCUUAUGAUUAUGAUCAGUUAAACCUGUGCAAUGCAAGAUUGUGUUGUUAGUAAUAUGGUGGAGAGUGGUCGCAGAAUAUGUUAAAAUUUAUUUGUUGUUACUAGUCGAAAUUGAUGUGUUUAGCGUGAGUGUGGACAACAUAGGACCAAACGUGAGAGUAGUGCUCCCCUACUAAUAUCUUACUCUUAACUACAGUAUUUAAUUGUAACAGUUUGUUUUUUGGUGACAAGACCGUGAUGUGCUGCUUGCGAGAGGUGGCUGGACCCUGUGCCAUAUAACAGGAGUGACAAGUGCCAAAGCCUCUUGAAAAAUACCACAUAGGUUUCAGUUUGAGCUAUUACUUACAAAUGCAGCUUGGUUACAGAAUCUGGUGUCUGUGGCAACACUUACUCUAUCGAACUAUGAUGUAUUUUACAAUACAUAUUUUUAUACUUUA